AUGUCAACAGAUAACGGAUAUCCUUCAGACGACGCACAUGCAGCGACUGUCCACACGUUAUCUCUCUUGUUUGCGUUGCCUUUUCAUGUCGAGAUGCACCUCAACACAGUUUGUGUUGGUGCCCAUUUAACUCCUCCACUUAUUGCAACUUGGUUUUCUCACUAUCUGGACCGUGAACCACGCCGUCACAAACCCACCGCCCACGUAUCCUACGACGAAGGCCUCAGCAUCAUCCGAGAAUUCCUCCACCAUGCCGCCUACCACACCGUCGAAGAUGUCCAGGCCUUUACGAGCCAGAAGAUCCCCACACCACACUGGGUCAAGACCCAGGAGGAAACCAUCCCCAGCGAAUACCUGUCAGAAGCCGCGACCGCCAUCAUUGAUCAAUUGGGACCCCGAGGCGUGCUCCGCGUAGGUGGAAAACAAUGGUGGCAGUGGCGCGGACCGUCAGAUGAUGACCUAAAGGCGGAAUGGAUCGAGAUGAGGAGCGACUACCAUGCCCGGAAAAGGACCAGCGCUCGUUGCAAACGGGUUAUGCUCUAUGUCCACGGUGGUGCUUACUUUUUUGGCAGCCUGGAAACGCAUCGAUAUCAGAUGCAGCGCCAUGCCAGAAAGCUCAAGGCCAGAGUCUUUGCACGCGAUCGACCUACAUCGUACCGCUUGGCACCCCAGUUCCCGUUCCCAUGUGGCUUGCAGGAUUGCCUGGCCGCGUAUCUCUAUCUUCUGACGAUGCAGGAUCCUUCCGAGAUCAUCCUCGCAGGGGAUUCUGCUGGUGGUGGCAUGGUUCUCUCCAUGCUCGUCAUACUUCGUGACCGUGGUCUACCUUUACCGGCCGGUGCCAUUCUCAUAUCUCCCUGGGUCGAUCUCACCCACUCGUUUCCAAGCGUGGCGGAGGGAAGUUCCCUCGACUAUAUCCCCGAGCACGGCUUUAUGCACCGGCCAUCUCACGCGUGGCCGCCUCCCAAUGCUGAUGACCUCAUGGCGAUACGGAAAGGAGCAGGGCGAGAUACGACCGAUAAAACCGACGAAGAUAGCAGUGCACGUGAAGACAAAAGUCCUGCUUCCGAGACGGCGGUCCAAGGGUUUGCUGUCCGGGAGUCUGCUACUGCAGCGGCACAUCUAGUGUACCCUGGGCUCCAGAGUGGCCUGGAACCGGUGAAAACGCAACAAAUUCUGGCUAACGAGGCAGAUAAUCUCGUCGUGCCCAUGGAGGACGGAACUGUGGUCGAAAUCAAAGAUCAGAUCCAGAUGUACGCUCCCAACCAGCUCUUAUCGCAUCCUCUCGUGUCUCCUGUUCUGCAGCCAUCACUGGGAGGGCUGCCCCCGCUGCUCAUUCUCACCGGCGGAGGCGAGCUGCUCCGGGACGAGCAAAUCUACUUGGCGCACAAGGCGGCAGAUCCUGCGGACUAUCCUCCAAAUGACGCGUAUCUGGACGAGUAUGAUCCGGAGAGGAAGAUUCUCCACAAAUACGAGCCAACCUAUGUCCAACUCCAAGUCUGGGACGACCUUUGCCACGUCGCUCCCACCCUGAGCUGGACACGACCUGCUAAAUUCAUGUACCGCUCUAUCGCCCAAUUCGGGGCCUGGGCUCUGGCGCGCGCCCAACAAGGCGAGAUCGAUAUUCCAGAGGAUGAUACCUCCUCCAUCUCUAGCACGGCAAGCGUCAAGUCCUCGGCGACUGAUCCUGAACGUCAGGCACAACCUGCGUCUGUGGGAAAGGCUGGCGAUCCUCUUCCUCCUUUCCACAAGCAUAUGAUACGACAGAGAGUCGACAGACAUGGUAUGACCUACCCUCUCGAGCCGCCUUCGACCAUACGGGCGCUCCAGCAACCGCCCUCAAAAGUAGGAGCGAUCAAUCCUGACAUUGUCAAGAAAUGGCUUGGUGCGAAGAAGGCGUGGGAUAAGAAGUUUGCCGCAGAGAAACUUCGAGUUCAGCGACAGCGGAUCAAGGAAUUUAAGGGCGGCUACUACGGCUUCAAUGGCGAAUCGCCUCCUGCGUGUGCUCUGGCGAGCAGGCGGCGUGAAAUGGACAUUGUGCGCCCGAAACGAGCCCGGAAGAGCUAUGCUAUGAUGCUCUGGUCCAGGAUUGGGAGCAGACACGACAAAACCAUUAUGAGGAGCCAAGCCAAGGCUGAGAAAGUCCCGCACACCAGCAAUAUAAGCGUGGAUGGACAAGCGGGAUCCGACGUUGUCAGCGAGAAGACGUCCAAGCCUCGAGGCGAGUCUCUGUCGCGGCACAGGUCAUCACCAGAACAGCUUUCCCGUGCAAAUCACAAUCGGUCAAGCAGCCAAAUACGCAUCGUGAGCGAUGACGAGCCAGUAAAGAGCACGCCGGAGGAAGAUCAGAAAGGGUCUGAAUCGGCUCCUGCAAGCAGCUCGGUUGAGGGGCUGCGUAGCGAGGCUGAUACGCCCUGA